GCUUAUCCCAUAGCCAUUGCCAUAGCCGCAGCCCACACCAACAGAAAAAGCGCAUUAUCUUGGUGUUGAUGAUUCAAUUAAAAGUGAAUAUGAGGAAUUGUGGUACUCUGAGGGUAUCCCCUUCUCUGCAUCAUCCACGUCUCAGUGUUUCUUCAUUCAAUAAUAAUAAUAAUAAUAAUAGAUUGGAUGUUGCGGAUGACGCUAACUAUACGACGAAACAGUCAACUGGUGCGGAUGCGUUUAAGUGGCGUUUGGUAAUUGCUUAUGAUGGCACUCGUUAUGCAGGCUGGCAAUUUCAGCAGUCUCCUCCAACUAUACAGUGCAUUGUGGAGAAAGCUUUGGUUCGCGCAACAAAGCUAGAAAGGAAGGAUCUUCAUUUGGUUGGAGCAAGUAGGACAGACACAGGAGUUCAUGCCUGGGGUCAGGUCGCACACUUUGUUACUCCUUUCAAUUAUGACAGCUUGGAUAGCAUUCAUGCAGCUCUCAAUGGUCUACUUCCUCCUGAUAUCCGAGUUAGAGAAAUUAGUCCUGCACUUGCUCAAUUCCAUGCUCGAUUCUCGGCAAGAAGCAAAAUUUAUCACUACAAGAUAUAUAAUGACUCCAUCAUGGAUCCUUUUCAGCGCCAAUAUGCAUGCCACACUGCCUAUAGACUUAAUGCGGCUGCCAUGAGACAAGCUGCUCAGUAUUUUAUUGGAAAGCACGAUUUCUCUGCUUUUGCAAAUGCAUCCCGUAAUGAUCGAGUUCCAGAUCCCGUGAAGACUAUUUAUCGGUUUGAUGUCAUUGAAAUGGGAGCUCUACUGCAGCUAGAAGUGGAAGGCACAGGCUUCUUGUAUAGACAAGUGCGGAACAUGGUUGCUUUGCUUCUUCAAAUUGGAAAGGAAGCAAUUCCUCCUGAAAUUGUUCCAAAGAUUUUGGCAACUCGAGAUCGCAAGGAGCUGGCCAAGUACACCUUGUCUGCCCCUCCUCAUGGGCUCUGCCUUGUAGCUGUCAAUUACACUGAAGAGCAGCUGCGGCUUCCCGCAGAUUGCCCUGCAAUUAGCUUUGGUAGGCAUCGUAGCAUAGGCAAAUGCAAGCUACCUUUGUAUUAGAAAUAUUCUAUUUAGUCUUUGGAAGAGAAUGGAAUUGAAAGUCUUACCUGGAGAGAAGUUUUCGUGAUUCAUGGAGAAUGGAACCAAAUCAAAGAUUUGGUUUUUUAGUUUGCUUAUUUAGUUUUAUGAUAAUAUCUAUUCAUAAAAAGUAAAAUAUUUCUAUUUAAUUUA